AUUUUCUUUAAAUAUGGCCCCGUACACACCCCAGAACAUCCUCAUUACUGGUGCUGCUGGAUUCAUUGCAUCCCAUGUUGCUAACCGGCUAAUUUGGAACUACCCUGAAUACAAGAUUGUUGUCCUUGACAAACUUGAUUACUGUUCAAAUUUGAAGAACCUGGACCCCUCUCGAUCAUCGCCCAACUUUAAAUUCAUAAAGGGAGACAUUGGAAGUGCUGAUCUUGUCAAUUUUAUCCUUGUCACUGAGUCCAUUGAUACAAUUAUGCACUUUGCGGCCCAGACCCAUGUUGACAAUUCAUUUGGGAACAGUUUUGAGUUUACUAAGAACAAUAUAUAUGGCACCCAUGUCCUUUUAGAGGCCUGUAAAGUCACUGGUCAAAUAAAGAGAUUCAUCCAUGUGAGCACAGACGAGGUGUAUGGGGAGACAGAUGAGGAUGCCGUGGUUGGAAACCAUGAGGCAUCACAGCUCCUCCCUACAAACCCAUAUUCUGCAACGAAAGCGGGGGCUGAAAUGCUCGUCAUGGCAUAUGGACGGUCCUAUGGGUUACCAGUUAUCACUACUAGGGGAAACAAUGUUUACGGGCCCAAUCAGUUUCCCGAAAAGUUGAUUCCCAAGUUCAUCCUCCUAGCAAUGAGAGGAUCGCCUCUUCCAAUUCAUGGGGAUGGAUCUAAUGUGCGUAGUUAUCUUUACUGUGAAGAUGUUGCCGAGGCUUUCGAACUCAUUCUUCACAAGGGUGAAGUAGGCCACAUUUACAAUAUUGGGACUGAUAAAGAAAGAACAGUGAUUGAUGUUGCCAAGGAUAUUUGCAGGCUAUUCUCAUUGAACCCUGAUGCAGUAAUUAAAUUCGUGAAGAACAGGCCUUUCAAUGACCAGAGGUACUUCUUGGAUGAUCAGAAGCUGAAAAAGUUAGGGUGGUCAGAACGUACUACCUGGGAGGAGGGUCUGAGGAAGACUAUGGAAUGGUAUGUUAGAAAUCCUAGUUGGUGGGGAGAUGUGUCUGGAGCACUGCUCCCUCAUCCAAGAAUGCAGAUGAUGCCUGGAAUUGAAAGAAACAAUUCCGACAUUAGUAUUCCUGCUUCCUCUUUUGCAGCAAAUUAUUCGGGUCAGAAGGGAAUGGUGGUGCCAGUUUCUAAAGACAAUCAUGUUGAAAAGGCACCUUUGAAGUUCUUAAUUUAUGGUAAAUCUGGGUGGAUUGGGGGCCUUCUUGGAAAGAUUUGUGACAAGCAAGGGAUACCCUUUGAGUAUGGAACAGGGCGACUUGAGCAACGGUCACGACUGUUGGCAGAUAUUCAACGUGUAAAGCCAACUCAUGUUCUCAAUGCUGCUGGAGUGACUGGUAGGCCUAAUGUGGAUUGGUGUGAAUAUCAUCAACCUGAGACUAUUCGGACCAACGUUGUUGGUACCUUAACACUGGCAGAUGUUUGUAGAGAGCAUGGGAUCCUAAUGAUGAACUUUGCUACUGGUUGUAUUUUUGAGUAUGAUGCUGCACAUCCCUUGGGGUCUGGCAUUGGGUUCAAGGAGGAAGACACCCCCAAUUUCACUGGUUCAUUCUAUUCGAAAACCAAGGCUAUGGUCGAAGAACUUCUGAAGGAGUACGACAAUGUCUGCACUCUCAGAAUCCGGAUGCCAAUAUCCUCUGAUCUCAGCAAUCCACGUAAUUUCAUCACCAAAAUUGCACGAUAUGACAAAGUGGUGAACAUUCCCAAUAGCAUGACCAUCUUGGAUGAGCUUCUACCCAUUUCAAUUGAGAUGGCGAAAAGAAAUUGCAGAGGUAUAUGGAACUUCACAAAUCCUGGUGUUGUAAGCCACAAUGAGAUUCUGGAGAUGUACAAGAACUACAUUGACCCAAGUUGCAAGUGGGUUAAUUUCACACUUGAAGAACAGGCCAACGUAAUUGUUGCCCCUCGGAGCAACAAUGAAAUGGAUUCAUCCAAGGUGAAGAAUGAAUUCCCAGAAUUGUUAUCUGUCAAGGAAUCACUGAUUAAAUAUGUUUUUGAACCAAAUAAGAAAACUUUACUGCUUGAAUGUAAGACAGGCAUUUGAUACACUUAGACAUCAAGAAGGCAUUGAUCUAUACAAUUCUCAUUAUCUUGAUUUCUUCAUUUAUGAAGUGUGUUACUUAGGGUGGUACCAAGGUGUUUUUAUACUAUGUUUUUGUCGAAACUAUUGGUCGAAGACAGUGGAAAAUCAGUUGUGGGUGAAUUCAUUUAAUUUCUGGGAUCUCCAGUGUAAUUUCAUUUGAUAAAUUAUGUAGCUGUUGUUCUUUAAGUACUUUUUGUAG